GUUAGGCUGCGCUCACACUAGAUUCAAUCAAAUGUAUGGGAACGUCGUUAAACGUACGUUUAAAGCUCGGGUCACACUUAUCAUGCAGUGUUCCGAUCCUACUAAUGUCUGAUAUUUUUGUGGGAUUAAGAGGUGGUGAUAGAACAGAUCACUUGCUGCAUGAUAAGUGUGACCGGGGCUUAGCUCGUAUGCAGUGUGAGCAAUCAUCUAUUUCAAGGCAUCUAGACCGCUCUUGAGUUUUUUUUGUUACUUGCACAAUAAAUUUCCUCAUGAAAACGCAUUCAAUAUAAACGUGGCCUGAUCAGUUUUCCCCAAUCGUUACUUGGUUUGUUAAGCUUUUAAGUACAAGGUAAUAUAUUUCCAUGAAUAUAAAAAGAAACUUAUCUGGUAUAUAAAUUCCUCUUCAUUAUUCAAUUUAUCAACAUUGCUCUUGUAAUUCUAAUUAAAUUGAAAAAGUAAUGCAAUUUUUUAUAAGAUGUAAAAUUAAUUGUAAAUUAUUGUAUUUAUACUAGAUUAUACUGUUUUUAUUAAGCUGUUUUUCUUUUUCCCAUUAGUUGUGUUCGGUUUCAGUUUAAUAAAUGGAAAAGCAAAGAAGAACGGAUUAAAAAAUUAAAAUGGAUUGAAAGAUAGACCUACUGGGAUCAGAGAACGGAUUGUUGCUGUUGCAAGCCAUUAUAGAUAAAUAUGAUUUUUAUUUUUGUUAACAUCAAGAUAUAGAAAUGAAGAACUGGCAAACAUAGUAACAAGUAAAACCGAAUCAGCUUGUUUAAACAUACAGGCUGAAUCUGUAAUGACUCCAUAUGGAUAUUUGAAAUAUUGUAUUUUCUUAAAAAAAACAUGUUUUAAUCAUUUUUUAAUACAAUUUUUAUGUAUACCAAGAACUGUGAGUUUGAUGCAAACUAAAGUAUAGACAACUUUGUUGAAUACUCUCAGUUUUGUAAUUUUUCAUGUUUCAAUAUUAUAUUAAUUAAACUUCAGUAUUAUUUAUUCUCAAACAAAAAUGUCAAUAUCUUCUGAGGUAGAGUCAUUCCUAGAAAAUUUUCGAGGUAGAAGUGAUCUUUAUUUGAAGAAUGGUAGUAGUAGCUUUUUAUUAGACUCUAAUGCAAGUUCAAUCGACUCGGGAUAUGCUUACAAUUCAUCAAUAAAAAGUGAGGAGUUGAACAAUUUUGAGAUGACUUUGGCCAUAAUCAAGCCAGAAGCAUUUGAUCGUCGGUUGGAGAUAGAGAAAUUAAUUAGUAAGGAACACUUCAAAAUUAUUCAAAAGGCAGUUGUUAAACUUACUCCUGAUCAAGCAAGUGAUUUCUACUAUGAUCAUUAUGGAAACUUGAACUUCCCUAAGCUGGUGUUGUCCUUGUCAAAAGGGCCCAUAGUAGUUUAUUGCUUGAGUAAAGACAAUGCAAUCAGUGACUGGAAGACACUUUUGGGACCGUCGGAUGUUCGUCAAGCUAAAAAAGAUAAUCCUUUUUCGCUAAGAGCUCUUUUUGGCAACGAAGAAAAAAAUCUGGAUGGAUUGCACGGAAGUGACAAUAGAGACAAGGCUGAAAAUGAGAUACAUUUCUUCUUUCCAAAAAUUCUAGUGGAGCGAUUGAGAUCGGAGCAGGAGCGACUGGACUACUUGAAUGAGCAGGUGGUGCCAGUGGUGCUGGAGGGAUUGGUGGAGGUGUGCCGACUCAAGCCGGCCGAUCCCAUGCUCUGGUUCGCCGACUGGCUGCUCCAAAACAACCCAAACAAACCUCGCAUGGCACCCGUCCUUAUGCGGAUACCUCAUCAUUAACAUCUCCCAACUAAUUCUUAUCAAUUCUAACCUCCAGAAGCUUCUUGAUAAAUAAUACUGCUGUGAUAAAGAGGCCAUAAAGCGAUGACUUUUAAAAACAUUCAAUGAGUACUGAAGAAUCAUAAAUGCUCCUGUAAGUCAAAAAUUCUGACUGUAAAAAUUAUAUUAUUUUCAGCUCUC